AUGGGUGCAUCCUGUUGCUCGGAAAUCGACAAGGCUAGGGAAACCCAGCCUGUGCAAGUUCAUUCGCAGCCGAGCUUGCCACCGCCACUGCCAGGGGAAUCUGAAGUCCCAAGCGCUCCCAAAGAGGACCUGCAGGCUGAAGCCUCCGUCAUGGCAUCAGGAGGAGAUGGUGAGACGCAAGUGUCUGAGAUGGUGGACGAAGUCACGGCCAAGGAACAGCGACAUCAGGCCAAGCAGGUGGUCAAAGAUUUCGUUAAGGAGAUGGUCAAGGGCCGCAAGAUGAAUGUGAUGACCCAGGCUGGCCAGCUGAAAACGUGUGUGGUGUCGUUGAGUCGCAAUCUAGAUGCCUUGAAAAUCAAGGUGGGUGCACAAAAUCGGAGCAUCGCACUUCGAGAUGUGGACGAGAUUGCAGCAGGCGCAGAUGUCGAAGGUAUAUCGACUCCGCUCGAUGACUUAUGCGCUACGCUGGUGCUCUCCGAUGACUGCAUCACGUUCCGGUUUGCCGACCUCAAUGCUCGGGAUACUUUCGUCAUGUGUUUGCUGAUGUUCUGCAAUAGCCAGAAGUGA